AUGCAUCUCAGCAUCAUAUUUCUUCUUUGCGCCGUUGACUACGGCAUAAGCCGUAUUUCAGGGCCAAAUAUCAAAGCUGUUAACUUUGCCAAAAAGAUAAAGAGACAAAAGCUGAACGGAAGCCUGAUAAGAGAUAUAGAAGUGGAUUCGGAAAGUUCCUGUCAGUUUGAGUGUGUGUAUGAAGAGCGAUGUCAGUCUUACAACUUUGGAACCAUAAAGGGCGACUCAAACAAAUUCAAGUGUCAACUAAGCGACUCUGACCGAUUUGCUGGAUUUGCUAACUUUAUCGAGGAUAAAGAUUUCAUUUACAGGGGAAUAAAGAGCGCGUGUGAAGAAGACAGUUUCCGAUGUGGUGAUCACAGUAUAUGCGUUCCCAACUAUCAAGAUGACAGCAUUCGAUGCCAGUGUAAGCAUGGCUUCACAGGAAAACCUUGCGAACCGAAAAGCUGCUCUCAAUUAUUUCAAGAUGGUUUCAAUUCCAGUGGCGUAUACACCAUCAAUCCAGAUGGCGGCAAACCAAUCCAAGUGUUAUGUGACAUGAUCACAGACGGUGGAGGCUGGACCGUUUUUCAGAAACGCUUGGACGGCUCUGUUGACUUCUAUCUUAAAUGGGAAUCCUACAAAAACGGCUUCGGAGAUCUGAGCGGAGAUUUCUGGCUUGGAAACGACAAUCUUCACCGUUUAACAGCCGCUGAUCAUGUCAUGUUGAGAGUUGACCUGGAAGACUUUGAGGGGAACAUCACAUAUGCUGAGUACACGGAUUUUGGUGUGGCAGACGAAGCUGAUAAGUACCGGCUUUUGAUUGGAGGAUACAAGGGCACCGCUGGUGACUCUAUGACGCGACAUAACAAUACGAGGUUUUCUACGAAUGAUCAAGACAAUGACGGAGGUAACGGCCACUGCUCCCAACUCUACAAGGGAGCCUGGUGGUACCAAAACUGCCAUAACUCCAAUCUGAAUGGAUUGUACCUCAAUGGCUCCCAUGAGUCUCGUGCUGAUGGAGUCAACUGGCUUUCUUUUAGGGGCUAUCAUUACUCACUAAAACGCACCGAGAUGAAAGUGAGAACCAAAGUAUAAGAAAAUGUCUAUUCCAGGAUAACGCGUCGAUCAAAUCGAGGCUUCAACAACCCCCCUCCCCCCCCCCCAGGCAACACUCGGGCAUUUGACUGUCGUUCUUUCAAAAGGGUGGGGAACUUGAACCUUUCCUGGGUGGGGUGGGCAAUUUGUCUGAACCUGCCAAGUCCUUCCAGCGGAAUACACGUGUUUUAUGUCUUAGUAUGGAGCUGUUAAAAGGUAAAGAGUUAACUUUCGCAAAAAGAUGGCUACCAGGGAAAGGUCUACAAGAAAGUUACAGUCACUGAUCUUGCUUCUUACAAAAAAUUGUGUUUGAGCACAAUUUUGGCCCCGGAGGACGGGAAUUUGAACGAGCCAGUCUUUAAAAGUUCAAAUGCCCGGG